CUUUGUUAUCAUCUCACCAGAGCACUCACUCCAAAAACCUCAAGUUCGUGCUAUCAGAUUCAUUCCUCUCAUUCCAACAUUGGCGCCAUACCCAUGUCUCCCGAAGCACUGCCAAGCGAGCGAUCGAGCGAUCAUGUUUCGCGGUCGCCUUCUCCCGACCAGGCACUUCAGACCCGCCGAGAGCGCAAUCGCGAGGCUCAAAAAGUCUUUCGCAAACGCAAGCAAGCUGCGGAAGAGAUCCAGGCAACCCGCCUGCAGCAUCUAGAAACCACCGUCGCCAAGAUGAGCUCCGCGGUCGUUGAGCUUGUCGACUGGAUGCUGGACAUCGAGGCGCUGAAGCAGGAAGUAGGGGUCUUGACGCGUAUCCAGGAGAUGGUGGCGCACGUGCUGGCUUUGGCUGACGAUGCUGUGGCGUUGGAGGAUGAGCUUCCGAAGAGGAGGAAGAGGAAACUCAGAGAAGCAAAGAAGGCUCCUGUAGCACUUUCCCACCCCCAGGACGAUACUGUUCAGGGCAUUGAAGAGGAGGAUCUCUUUGCUAGAGAUGACACAUCCCACGUGGCGUCGCCUCCGCAGGCAAACACCCCAGCACCAGAUCCUCCGACUCUGACACCAGACGACCAAAUCCUAUCCCAUCUAACAUCCCUAGCCUGCCGCCCAACCUCACUACCCCCAUCCCUCGGAACCUUCCACUGCGGCUCGAAAGCCAUCCUGAGUCCAGACUCCUUUAGCUUCCGCCUCACACACACCUGCUUCACUCUAGGCUACCUCGUCCUCAGCAAAUCCCUCGACUCACCUCUUCCCCACGGAGAAGAACCUCGCAUCUUCAGCUCGACACUCAGAUACCGCGACAGGAACGACAUAAUCACAAAAAUGCGGUGGCUCGUCGGACCAGGCCAGCACGAGCUCCAGCAAGCUGCAGAAUUACCCAUGGGCGGACGCUGGUACGGAGACGAGUUCAGCUCCGAGGACCUGUCACCGGAGAACUUCGACCUCUUUGAGAAGACGGCGCUAGCGGAUGCCCAGCAGACGCGGUUCCUCAGUGUUGCUGGUGUUGAGAGGCAGCUUAUUGCGCUUGGUGCUCGGGUGGUAGAUAAGGAGACGUUGGAGCUGAAGUUGAGUAGGCCGUUAAAGUUGGCGUCGGACACGGGGAAGAAACGAGGUUUGGCGUCGGACAGUUGGAGUUUUGUGGAUUGUUUCCCGCAGACGUUGCAAAGGAGAUCGAAGAAGGCUUUUACGGUGCAGUUGAAUAUCACCCUGCUGAUUGCUAAUUUGUCGAGGUGUGCGGUGUGUCUUAUGAAAGGACCGGGGUUUCCGAGGGAUAAGCUGAAGAGGGCGAUAGAAGAUUCUGUGGUCAUGGUUAAUAGCAGUUGAAGUAAAAUCCUGUUACGGAUAUUUGGAUCUUAGUUCUUCGGUGUGAUCGCCAUGAAAAUCCUGCGUUGAGUACCCCUUGGGAGAUUGAGUUGGGAUUAUUACUCGAAAGUGC